UUUUCAAAAUUUGUACUUUAAGGUUACGAUCCGGCAUUGCGAUAGAUUUCAAAGCGCUCACGAUUAAACAAUAAAAAAAUGGCAACUGAUACAAAGAAAGUCGACAAGAAAGUCAAAACAUUAACGCCAGAAGAAAUUCUCAAUGGCUUCAAUAGAUUGCGAACAGAACAACGAUCGCUGGCGACAGCAUUGUCCGAAUUUGAAGUGCAAGUGAAUGAACACAACAUGGUAAUUGAAACUCUUAAAAAUGUGGACCCCAAUCGAAAAUGUCACAGGCUUAUUGGUGAUGUAUUGGUGGAAAAGCAAGUUAAAGAUGUCUUACCAGCAAUAACCAAGAACAAAGAAAAUGUAGAAGAAUUGAUCAAAUCAUUCAAGGACAAACUGACAAAAAAAGGUGAAGAACUUCUUGAAUACAAGGAUAAACACAGUAUCAAAAUUAGGGGGCAGGAUGAUCUCAAACAAGAGGCAACUCCUGAUGCAUCUGAAGAAAAGGCUCGUGGCAAUGUGUUGGUAUCAUAAGCAUCAAAAACUCACUCAUACUCACUUGGGUUUUAAGAGAAACAGUUGAAAUCAUGGAGAUUAUUAUCUUAGCUAUUAAUUAAUCAUUCAGAAAUGAGAAACAGCUCAAUAAUUAUUGAACUUAGAAUGUAAUUUUGUAAAAUAUGAUAUUGAAAUCAUUUGAUUGAUACAUUUAUCAGAGGAAAUGGCAAAAAUAUCUUAAAAUAGAAAGAUAAAAGAUCAUGCAUAAUAUUUUAUCAAUAGUUUUCAAUUAAAUGCCUUUAGAUGCGUAAUGGAGUCGAUUGUUGAAAGAAUAAUUAUUGUGGCAUUUCUCGUUUGCGAGUUAUUAAUUAAAAACUGAUAAAUAAUUUCACUCUAAUGGUUUUAAGACUGUUUUCUUAUAACGCGAGUAUCUGAUAGACGUAACAUCAUGCUGCAUUUUCAUAUAUUUGGUUAUUUUAAGUUGCAUUUGCUUUACAAUGAAUAAAUAUAAGCAUUAACCAUCAGGUAUAAUUUAUAAAUAUGCACAGUUAAUAAAUUUUUGACGGUA